AUGGCGGCCGCGGAGAACGAUGGAGAUCGAGUCCGGGGCGAAGCACUGACGGCAGUGGCCAAAGCCACCUAUUGCACUGGCCCACUGCCAGUCGAUGGUCCGGCAGAUCUGCGUCUGGCACGCAUCGUCUACCGGGAGUGCCAUCGCUACGCGUCGGCGAGUUCGGCCGCGUUCGCUGCAACGCUCGAGUCGGCGCGGAGCCAGCUGAAAUGGACCGAGAUCCGUGACUCGAGCAGCUACGACAAGCUCGUCGAGCUCCUGGUGCGGACGUCGCUGCUCGUCGGUUUCCACACGGUGCUCAUCAUCGAACUGUUCACUGAGGACAGCGACGCCGUGCUGCGGCUUUCGAGCGGAACGUCGCUGCUCCGUAAGCUCACGACCACCGGUGACCGCCGCGAUCUGGUGUCCAGUCUGCGAAGCGUCGGGAAAUACGAUGACCAGGGUCUCAACACGAUCCUGGAGAUGGACGACCUCGUCAAAGGCCCACUAGACGCCAACCGCAACUCCACUCGAAGCACGGAAGGCGACGUGAAUGGGCCCUUGGAGGAGUUUCUAGACGGGCUCGUCCCCGACGUGAACGCGACAGCAUGGGCCGGAAAGGUUGAAGAUGUGCUUGUGUGUUUUGGAAAGAACGGUUUGUUCUUGUCGGACAUCGCUAUAGCCAAUGAAGCAACUGGCUUCCGGCGGGCGUUCCGCGAAAUGACAUCAAACGGCGGCAUCCAGCAAACCGCGUUGUACCUGGCCUCGCAUCUGGAUGCCGAAAUACUCUCGUUGGAGCUGUCCAGAAGCCGCCUGUCGCUGGGUCCCGAAGACCAGGAGCGAUUUUGCGUUGUCCUGGUGCAGAGGACCUUGGCCUUUUUGUGGCCGCGGUUCGUGGCGAGCGCCCUGCAGGUUCGCCAAACUGAGGACGUCGUCGAGGCCAUGUUCGACCAACUGAAAAAGACAUCGCACGACACCGCCAUGCUCAAGUGGCUCACCACGUCGUUGCGCCGGACCGCCCACGAGAAGAUCAGGACGGUGGGACUCGUCGUUACCUCCCGAGAUAUGUCGAGAAGAGACUCCCACCGACGCAGCGACGCCUGGUGGACUCGAGGAGCGCUGCAUCAGUACGGAAUCAGCGCCGCGUGCCUGGAACGGCUGCACAGCCACCUGGGUCUGCAGCGCCGGGUCAGUGGCGGCGGCGAGCGGCAGCGUCACGAGAUGGUGCUCCGCGCCCAGGGCCUGCGGCUCGCGUAUGACGCCCUGGUGGCGAGCUACGGCAGAUCGGCGGCGGGCCGCGACUUUCGGAAGCAGUGGCCCGAGGCUCAGGCGGCGUUCUUCGCCCGCUUCUGCCUGCUCUCCUGCGACGCGGACCAAAGCCCGAGUCCGCUGUCUCCGCGCGCCAGCUGCCUGCUGCCGCUGCACAACAUGCCGGAGUUCGGCGCCGCCUUCGGCUGUUCUUCCCGGGAGGAUUUCGUCGCACAGCAGUGCCUGCCUUAGAAAACAUACGGCCGUGGAUUACAGAAACUGAACCGCGCCCCAAUCUGAACUUUGGGCACAUGGUGAUUUCAAACUUAACCACGUGAACUGUGCAUACAUAGCACCACACUUAUGCCUUAUUUAGCGAUUAGUAACUGUGCCUCAAGGACGUUUCGAUGAAGUUUUUCGUGCCAAGAUAGUUAUACCACUUUUGAGCAUUAGCGCCCUUUCAGCGACCAGAUUUUACUGUGGCGUUACCCCGCAAGUUACGCUUGAGCAUCCGUUCUUUUGUAGAGACAGCCAUUUUUACGUUCUGGACGAAUGGCUGGUAUUUCUGGAGCGGCUUCUCGCUGUUGCGCAGUUUCAUAUGCGUUCUAAGCCGUCUCCGUAUGCGGGGAGACUUUCUUCAUUCUGUUGGUCUUUCGUGCACUGCACUCCUUGCGGUCUGUGAUUGUGGAAGGCUUGAAGUACUGCAUGCUUAAAUGCAAGCAGAUUUAGCAGGUCCUUACAGGUUCUGUUGCUGCGCGCCGGGUGGUGUUAACCAGUGCGUGCGAUAUUUGGUGCACGCGUAUUCAGCGCUCUCCUGCUGAAUUAUGCCUUAGCCAUAGAACGGAUUUCGGGAGUCACCAGUUUCGUUCGUAGUGCGGGAUGUUUGCGGUAGCUACAAUAAACGGUAGUCCUUUGAUUACUAA